AUGCAUAUAUUAGACACCGAUUAUAUAGAACUCGAAAGCCGUAGAAGAGCUCAAUUAGCCGCUCUACAAUGGCAGACAUUAGCCAAAUCAUCCCGAGUGGAAGUUCGAAAAGCUCAUCUUAAAUUUGUCUACAGAAUCUAUUUAAUAAGUUUAUUAUUAAUCGUUUUAGUGGCAACACAAUGGUGGCUCAUAACCGAGAUCAAAGCUGUACAGAAAUUUGUAAUAAUCUACAAUUAUAUUAUAUUGGCUAUAGUGUUUGUACAUUUUCUAAUGUUAACUUUACUGCAAUAUAUGCUAAGAAAUAAGAGAAGUAAAAAUCUGGUCAAUGUUUAUAUAUUUCUAAUGAUAGAAAUUGGUUCUAUAACUCUAUCAAGACCCACGGUUGAAGCAGAUUUGACAACUUUCUUAUAUUCAUCGCUAUUUGCAGUUGUUAUGUGGGGCAUAAGUUUUAUUCUGUCGACUAUAGGGCAUACAGACACAGAUCGUACCUCAGUAUAUUUAUCAUUAUGGAGUCAAAAAUAUUAUUUAGGCACUGCUACUAGCUUAUUAAUGACUAUGGAAUUUACUUUUAUUUGGGUACAAAUUGGUAUAUCAUUAUUUAUGGUUUUUUUCAUAUCGAUUUUUUUCAUAAUCUGGGGACGUUCUCUGGGCUCCCUGAAGUUUUACAAAGAGGAAUCAAAAUAUUGCAACUAUUAUAUUGUUUUAAAUUUCUUAAAUAUGAUUUCGUUAUUUGCAAAUGUUUUAAUUUUUAUACAAAGAAUUGUCGAUCAAAAUACUGAUGAUGAUAUUGGUGAUGAGGUUUGA